AUGCCGCAGAAGAAAGAUUUCGCCUCGCCCGCCGCGCCAUGGAAUGUUUUGAGCAAAGAUCGUUUCGGAAUCAAGGCCUUGAAGACCCGUUUACAAGAAACUGUUACCGCAAAUGCGCGUGAGGCCUUCCCACAUGUACGGGGUGAGAUUAGCAGAAAGCUCAAAGACUGUCAAAAUGAGCUUGAAGGCUUAGGAGCGGAACGCGAAACUCCCGAGCAGCAACUGGGGUAUCUAUUAGGCAUUAUGAACUCUUUUCAGGCCAUCACACAACAGGCUUUGAGUACGAAGAAAUACAGCUCUAGCGAUUACUUUGAUAAGCAUACAGAGCUCCGGUUUGCUACGAGGAUUGUGAAUCGCAAUGAUACCUUUUCUAAUGAUAUGGCUUUGUGGGGGCACAGAUACAGGUUUGCGCGAGAAUCUGAGAAUGAGGAUAGCUCUGGUUCGGAGAAAGAUCGCGAUGACGAGGAGAGUGUGGAUAGCCUCCUUGCUACGGUCGAAGUGGCAAGAUUGGAGGUUAGAAAGGUCAGCAGCAUGCCUGAGCUGGAAGAUCUUGUUUAG